CGUGCGCCCAGGGGUUCCUCAAAGCGAAAGUUGCAGAAGCUCCAAGAAGCUGCAGGAUGGGGAUUUUACUGGUCAACGAAAACAUCAAUUCCACCGUCUCAGAGACAAAGAUACACUCCUUAACUCGUGCAUUCUCCUGGAUUAUUGGUUGGACCUGGAAAAAGCUUCCAAAUCCAUUCAUUGUUGGAAUAGCAGCAAUUUUGUUAAGUUCAUGGUUUGUCAGAACACCUUACAAAUGGGUAGGAUAUCUUCUAAAGUGGCCAUUAAGGAUAAGAAACAGAAAAAACAUUUCUGUUGAUCCACCAGUGGAUCUUUUAGAAUAUGCAAACAUCGAAUGGAAAGGAGGUACCAAGCAAGCUGAGAAGAUGAAAAGGGCUUAUGAAGAUAUUUAUUUGGUGCACCACAUUAAACACAUGCGAAGGAUCAGAGGAGAUAACUACUGCGCACUGAGGGCAGUGUUGUUUCAGAUUUUCAGCCAGGGUAUACCUCUUCCAUCGUGGAUGAGAGAACAGGACAUAACCAAGUUACCAGAAAAAAUAUUUACACAUGGCUGCAACUGGGUACAGCAAUACAGCUUUGGUCCCGAGAGAUACACUGGGAACAAUGUUUUUAGAAAACUGCGCAAGUACCUGGAACUUUUGGAAGUGCAGUGGGUCAACAUUCAUGGAAUUAAAGACCAAGAGAAAAGAACAGAAAUGUGUAUGAAAUUAUUCAGUGAGCAAGAGAAUGAAUACAAGAUGUAUGAAGCCAUGAAAUUCCUUAUGUUGUACACAGUGUUGGAGCUCCAUGAGGACGUAAAAGAUGGAGGAGACGUUCCGAGCUUUUGUUCUAUUUUCUUUGCCCGAGAUUCCUCACCUGAUCCUCUGAGUUUUAUGAUGAACCAUCUGAACCAGGUUGGUGAUACAGGUGGACUGGAGCAGAUUGAAAUGUUUCUCCUUGGAUUCACAUUUCAAUUGAAGAUCAGAACCUUCAGACUCUACAAACAUGGUACUGAAGAAUUUGUAUCAUGUUAUCCUGAGGACUGCCAGAGGGAAUGGCAUGAAGUUCUUAUUCUGACUGAAGAUGACAGGCAUUAUAAUGUUCCCGUUACCUGCAGCUGAUUGACAUUAUCAACAUUCUGUGGAAACAAUGGCUACGAUUUAAAUGUAUGUAGUGUUUAUAUUGACUUAACGUAUUUUUGCUAAUUGUUAUGUGGAACCAAAUCUAUCACUUUUAUUGAAAAUUUGUUGAACAGGUGCCUGAUGUUCCCAACAUGCUCUAAGCCUAAAAGUUUCCUGAAAGGCACAAAUUUGAUUUAAACAAUGAGAAACAUUUAAAUCAGUAAAAAAAACAAAAGAAUAUUGCACAAAGUAUGAAUUAAUUGAUAGAACAUGGAACAGUACAGCACAGAACAGGCCCUUUGACCCACAAUGUUGUGCCAACAUAGCUAAUCCCUCCUACCUACAGAAUGCCCAUAUCCCUCUAUUUUCCUCUCAUUAAUGUGCCUAUCCAAACCCCUCUUAAAAGCCUCCAAUGAGUUUGCCUCCACCAUCCUGUCAGGCAAUGCAUUCCAGGCAUCUACCACUCUCCAAGUAAAAAAAUAUACCCCUCACAUCUGUUCUGAACCCUUCUCACCUUAAAUGCAUGCUCUGUAACAAAUGAUGUUACAGAUUUUUUUCCCCUCCUUAUUCUGCCAUCUGUGUCCUGGCUCAUCACCUCCAUUUCAAAUGCAGCACUCCAUCCUUUGAGAUAUGUGAAUGGAGACAAUGUGCUCACUGUUAUCCUGAUGCACUUUUACUGGAUUACUGAUAGUCAGCAAGUAAUGUUAUUUUUGGUGGAAUGAGUGUUGUCAAGGGCAGACAAGAGAAAGGAGGACAAAUUCUGGAAUACACAUCAUCCCUAUUCUGGAGUUUCUGAUCACCCAAAAACUCAUCUGUCCUCUGCUCAUACAAAGCAGACUUGAGCACAAAUGGAUGGUGCCGAGGGGUUCAAUUUCCACAACUCUAUCCCUGUUUAUGUUUAAUAUACUGCUCUUCUUCUAGUAAAAGUACAUCAUUAACUGAAAACCAAUAAAUCUGUUCAGCGUACUGAGGGCAACUAAAAGGGUUUUAAUAAAGCAAACAAGCCACUGUGGAAAACUAUGUUUAGACUGGAGUUGAUUAAUCAUUUGGACUUCAGUACAGAAUUCCAGUGGAAUUUAGGAUGCUGGUGCAAUAUAAUGCAAUGGGAGUUGGAAAGAAAAGUUAAUUAUUUUGCUUGUGCCUUCCCUUCCCCGCUCAACUGAUCUGAACAUCAUGGCAUUAUGUGACCGAGUAUGACAUCUAAGGGCUCCAAUGAUAUUGAGAUCAGUAGGGAGUUGGGGCACUUGAAACAUAACUAGUACGAAGGAAGAUGAUUCUGGUUGUUGGACGUUAAUCAUCUCAACUUUAGGAAAUCACUAUACAUUGAUUGGGAUAGUGAUCUCCACCCAACUAUUUUAAACUACUUCCCUCCAUUAUAAGUUCAUAAGUGGGUUGUUCACUAAUGAUUAUAUAGCGUUAAGCGUCAUUAAUGAUUUAUCAGAUAAUGAAGCAUUCUUUGUGCAGUGUGACCUGGAUAACAUCCAGGCUUGGAUUCAUUAGUGGCAAAUAACAUUCGUGCCACACAAGUGCUGGGCAUUAAACAUCUUUGGGAGGAGAGUGCCUUUACACUUUCCUUUUUUACAAUCAAUAGCAUUAUCAUUGACUAACUCCCAUACCACCAAUUUAAUUAGUCCAGCCACACAGACAUUGUAAAUAGAGGGGCAUGGAGUACACUUCACAUGCCAGUAAAAUGCUCUCUGCUUGUUGAUACCACUGUAGACUUAAUAAUCUAAUAGUAAACCAGGAAGAGCUUUAAGCCACCUGGAUUUUAAUGCUUAGAAUUUCCUCUUAUAUCUUCAAAUCUCAAAAUUAAAUGUAUUCAGUCUACAUUCGAAGGUUGUAACAAAUGACAUACAAAUGUGGGUCCUUCCUUUUCUCUUUUAUACUAAUAGAUGGUGCAUAUGUUAUUGUGUUUCUUUUCCUCUUCACCCUGCUGUCCUCCUCCUCCCUUGCAGCAUCUAAGGAAUUUAUCAGGUUUGCUUAACAUUACAUUUUAGCCUGUAUUUUUGUAUACUACUGUAAUAACAGGUGUCCUGAUAUUGAUAACAGUGCAUUACAUAGCUUUAACGGGAUUUCUUUGCUUCUCUGUAGCACAGAGAAUGUUUUCACAGUUGUUUUAUUUUUGGUUUAUAGAUGCACAUAAUAGUCACUGGGGUUAAAAUACUUUAACCUAAAUUUUCAUUUAUUCUAUAAAGUAGUUAAAUUGAACACUUUCAGUAAGUUACAAGAUUAUGAACAAAUGGGCAGUCACUUCAAAAUAAUUAGAUGCGUCAUAAAACACUUAUUUUCUAUUAAGUCUCCUAUGUCUGUCGUAAAGAAUUUUUUUUUUUCAUUUUGGUUACAAAAAAAUCUACAAUUGCCAAGCAAAAAAGAAACUAUUAAUAGUUUUAUGUUGUUUUACUUUUGAUAAAUUGGGAAAGGUUAUACAUUCCAUAAUAUUUAGCAAUCUUAAUUACUUUUGUACUGUAAAAUAAAACAGUACCUAUAUAACACAUCAUGGAAUUCUUUAUUCCAAAUAUUUGAAAUGGGGUUAUUAAAAGAUUUUCUGUUUAAGAAAGAAAAUGUACUGAGAUGUUUGUACAUGUGUGUGUAUAUAGAUAUAUAUAUUCUAUGGCACUAAACUACUGACAAAGCCAGAUUUCGCAAGCUUCUUUUGACAACAGAUGCCUUUUGUUAUAGCCAUCUAUCAUGAUUUGUGUCAAGCUUGGGGCGCUAUUACAGAGCCAAAUACUGUGAUUGUUGUAUAAAUAUGGAUUUUAAAUUGUAUUCAGUUUUUUUAUGGAAAGUGCAAAUCGAAACAAUCAUAUUGUGGAAUUAACAUGCUGAAAUUGGUUAUGAGCAAUAAAGUGUUUUGUUUUAAA